CUUGCUUUACGACCAAUGUCUCUACUGGAAAUUGCGGAAAAUCGAAAUGGUUGGGGACCUGUUACUGGUUUAGAAAAAUUUCAAAGUUUGCCUUAUCAGCAGUUCAAUAAAGCAGAUAAAAUUGGAAAAGUGGCAGAUUGGAUGGGUAUUACGCAGUUUAAUGACCGAUUUAGACGUGGCACUUUAUAUGGUAAUCCAUAUGCAUCAGGAACAAUUGGAUCUCAAUAUGAUUAUAUUCAUGAUGAGGAAGAUUCGACUUUCCAACUCGUAGAUACUAGUAAGCCGCAGAAGCAGAAUGUGCAAAGAGGAGGUCGUAUACGUCAGCAGCAAUUAUUUUAUAGACGAUUAGUCCAAAAAGAGAAUGAGCGGCGAAACCAAGCAAUUUAUGGACAGAACCAGAAAACUAAACGUUGUAUUGCGAAAGAGCAGCAGAAAGCUUUUAAGCAGUGGCAGAGACGUGGUGGUGGUGCCCGAGGACGUGGUCGUGGUGGUCAAGGAUAUGGCCGAUGGGACCAACGAAAUCAGAAACAACUUACAGCUAGCAUAACUGUUCGACCAGAAUGGCAAGUUCUAGAAGAAAUGGAUUUCCCCCGGUUAGCCAAGCUCAAUUUGCCAAAUGUGGAAAGUGGUCAGGAUAUAAAUGGUCAUCGUUAUGGUCAAUUAUAUUAUUAUGACAAGAGUUUUGAUCGUAUUACUGUAAGAAAUGAAAAGGGCCUUCAACGAUGUGGUGGAACAUUUUAUAAUCUUACUACUACCGAGGAUCCAGUGAUUCAGGAGUUAGCGCAACAAAAUACUGGAAAUGUUUUCGCUACAGAUAUGAUUUUGGCUACUCUGAUGGCCUCUACUCGUUCUGUUUAUAGCUGGGAUGUAGUAGCUUAUCGUGUUGGCGACAAACUUUUCUUUGAUAAAAGGGACACAGGUGGUUUCUCGAACCCAGUUGACGCUUUAACCGUAAGCGAAACUUCUACUGAUGCACCUCAAAGCGAUGAUACAUCUAGUAUUAAUCAUCCUCGCAAUCUGGCCACAGAAGCAUUAUAUAUCAACCAAAAUUUCAGAAGAAUGGUUUUAAAGAGAAAUGAAGAGCCAUUCAAAUAUGAUCAUCCCCGACUGCCAUUUGAUGAAGGCGAAGCAGAUGCUGAUUCUUGCGUUGCAUAUAAAUACCGAUCUUGGAGUUUGGGCAAGCAGACUGAUGGAACUGAGAUUCGGCUUGUUUGUCGCACUGAACAUGACGGUGUUACUGUUGGACCAAAUGGAGACAUUCAAACGUUGACCAUUAAAGCAUUCAAUGAAUGGGACUCUCGAUUUUCGAGUGGGGUUGACUGGCGUAGCAAACUUGAUACACAAAAAGGAGCUGUUUUAGCCACUGAAUUGCAAAAUAAUAGUUGUAAACUAGCCAAAUGGACUUUGCAAGCAUUACUGGCUGGUUCGGACCAGAUAAAAUUCGGUUAUGUAUCUCGAGUAAAUGUCCGUAAUAGUGCCAAUCAUGUUAUUUUGGGAACGCAGCAAUAUAAACCUUCUGAAUUCGCCACUAAUAUUACGCUUAACCUUGAUAAUGCAUGGGGCAUACUUCGUUGUAUGAUUGAUCACUGUAUGAAGCAGCCGCCUGGGAAAUAUCUGCUUCUGAAGGAUCCUAACAAACCUUCUGUGCGGCUUUAUUCCUUGCCAGAGGGUACUUUUGAAUCCAGUGAAGAAGACAAUAUGGAUUCUUCGGCUGAAGAAAAUUCAUCUGAUGAUAUUUAG